ACGUCAUGGCGCAUGUCAGAUCGCGCGUGUGUCAGUGCCGCUAUCAGCCUCGUCUGCCCGCAGGCACGGAUAUUUCUCGCGGUUUCGCGAAAUGAUGUUUCGCGAGUCGUCCGCGUAAAUAGAGUGUCCGGGUGCCAGAAGUGCCGCGUCCGUUGUGUCGCCAGCCGGGAGCCGUGAGGAUGGCGGAGUCGAGCGGACCGAUUCUUCAUGUCAUCGUCGUCGGGUUUCACCACAAGAAAGGCUGCCAGGUAGAAUACUCGUUUCCACCGUUGGUGCCUGGCGCGCCUAACGAGUGCCCGUUGGGAUGGAAGUAUCUGCCCACGCUCGCUCUGCCCGAUGGUUCGCAUAACUACGACGAGGACACGGUCUAUUUUCACUUACCUAGUCUGAACGAUCCGAAACGUACGAUCUACGGCAUUUCGUGUUUCCGCCAAAUACCCGUGGAGAAACUGAAGAAUCGCACGUCCGAUAUAACGAGGGGCACUGUUCAGAAGUCAGUUUGCGUGCUGAGCACUUUGCCCCUGUACGGACACAUUCAAGUGAAAAUGGCCCUGAUAACGCACGCGUAUUUCGAAGAGGGGGAUUUCAGCAAAGUGUCCUUACUAGAGGAUACUUAUCAUCAUCUUAAUUCAUGUAUGAGCGGCGAGAGUCAGAUACCGCCGCAAAUCUUUGUUGGCUUGUCCGCAAGAGACUUUAUAUUGCAAUUCCGUCACAAAGUGUUGCUCCUGUUUAAAUUGCUCCUGCUUGAGAAAAGGAUAGUUUUUUACCAGUCGCCCGUGCAGCCGCUGUGCGCCACGAUACUGACUCUACUGUCGCUUUUUCCCAACAUGAUUGAGCACGGUCUCCAACAAGCGGCUUGUGUGAGACCAUCCAGGCCGAUGUCUCCGAUUCCGACUUUCGACGAGGAAGAGAUCUCAAUGAAUAACAUCGACGAUUCCAACUUGUCGUGCGCUCGUAUCGUCAAGGACAAUAUGUCGAACGCGAGUCACGACGAGCAGUGCAACGAUAACAGCAACCGAAACUCCCUGUGCAUCAACGACAACAAGACCAUGGAGUCGAUGGAGGGCAAGUGCUUGGACGGGCUGCAGCACGUGACCCUGCAGAAGAAUAACAACGACAACGAGAAUCUAAAUAUGAAGGUCAUCGAAAUAGAGUCGGCGCAGGAGUGCACCGAGUCCUACUUGGAGGAGAGCAAUUCCAAAUACUCGCCGAAGCCGAACGAUAACGUGCACAGGGUGCAUAGCGUGAACGCCAUCACGUUGAGCACGGGCGACACGGAUAACAGCUUACCUCGCGACACGAGUAGCGACGCGCUUUCCGACGCGAGAUUAACGAACAACAUUACGCAAAUCGCGCACAUUAACCCGGAGCUGUGCGGCCUGCCUUUGGAGUUGUUUACGAAGGGAUAUCUCUGCUUACCUUACCUAUCUCUGCCCUACUUGGAUCUCUUGGGGGACGUUAACGUCAGAGGAUAUAUAGUAGGCGCUACGAAUGUGCUGUUUAAACAAAAGAAGCAGCUCAUCGAUGUGCUAAUCGAGGCCGAAAACACGCGGAUAGAGGCGACCGAUCCCGAGCUGAGACGGCAGCUGCAUCUCACCACCGAGGACCUGCGAUUCGCCGAUUACGUCGUAAGGCACGUGGCCGAGCCUCGGAAGGACAUUUUUCUCGACGGGGUCGGAUGGGAGGGCGGCGACGAAUGGAUCAGAACGCAGUUCCGGGUGUACCUGCUGAGCAUGCUGCGCACCUCCAUGCAGCAGGACACCCGUCAGUCGGACCACUACAAUGCGGCAUUCAUGUCCGCGUGGCGCGCCACGAAUAAUUACAAGACGUGGUGUAGCGCGAGCAAAUCAGAGAUACACAACAUCGAGCCCGGUCAUCCCUUCGCCGGUCAGCUGUCGGUCCAGGAUAUGAAAUUACGGUUGUCACACACGAUGCAGAACACGGAAAGCGGCAGAAAGUUGAAUCAGGCGAUGGCAUCGACUGGGCGCGCGGUGGCCACCACUGGGAAAGCCGUGGGGGGAGCGCUGUCACAAGCGAAAGGGGCAUUCUCGAACUGGUGGAGCACGCUGACGACAGUUCAGCCGGUCGACGAAGCAAAGAUUGACAAUCAAACGACAAACAACCAUCACACGGUGUCCAGCGUCACGGACAAAGAGUCUGUCGAAGACGAGGAGAUGAAUAUCUCUACUACGAAUAACGCGGAUCUCACCGUAGACUUCGAUUAAUACGGAAACGUAUGCCGAUGAGAGGCUGAAGAUCGCGAGUGACUGAGGCUAAAAAUACAAGAUACUCGGACACUGGUAAAGAUAAUAUAUAAUGAUAAGUAAAAUUGAAACGAAAGAUUCUUGCAAAGACUCGUGUAGUUGAACGGCCGAAUUUUUUUAAGCACUUGAGUUUUCAGCGAGAGAAAGUAUAAAUUAAAAUCGCGUACGUACAACAGACUAUAUUUAAUGUGAUACGCGGCUUCGCAAGAAGACUUCUUUUCUAGGCAAAUGCUAGGAGCUAAGCUGAUACAUUGCUGAUUUGAGUACAAGUUUUUUGUAAUUUUCGCCGAAUAUUCUGUAUAUAUAAUUUCUAUAUGGUUUAUAUAUUUGUAAGAUAUGUGAUAUAAUUUCGUUACAAAAAGACACGUGAGACCAUCGUCGGUGGUACCCUCUACUCAAUUUUUUUUCAAUGUUGCGUGCAAUUGAGCGACGCUCUAUAAAGACGUCAAUCAAUUUUAAACUGUAAGCAAUGGGGAAAGCAUUUUUUUCAGUCACAAAUCUUAAUUAUUCUCGAGGGCUAUUCUACACACACGGACAUAUAUAUACUACAGUAAUAUUGUUUCGUUUAUACGUAGAGAUAUUCUCGCUUAAGAAGUACCUGCAUCCUCUGUACAUAACAAAAAGUAGUGCAAGGUAUAUUACGCGCGCACGUUUACAUCGCGACUGUCACGACUAAUUUCUCAUCCGAGCUUUGCGUAUUUAUUUCGACGGGAUAUUCGUCUCGUUUAUCUCGCUCGAAUCGGUAGACUACAUUCUCCUUUAGAUACGUGAAAAAAAGAAAGAGAAGAGUGGUGAGUGUUUGAUAUACGCCACAUCGCGCGUUAUAUCGACCGUGGCAAAUUUCUAUCUAGCAGGGUUCAGUAUUUCGUAUUGUCGUGAAUAUACUGGGUUUACAUGUAGAGAGAGAAAGACAGAGAGAGAGAGAGAGAGAGAGAGAGAGAGGAUUCGCGCGGAAAGUUCGGAAACUGGGACAGCCGAUAUCCGACAAGACAUAAACAUUGUACAUUGUUCCAUAAUUCAUUUCACUAAAAGGCUAAUCCUGUUAUUGACAAUAUUGCUACCUCCAUUUAUUGUCGAGAUUACACCGUACGAUUAGUUCCCGUGUAUAACACGACGAUCCCUUAAUAAUUCUCGAUAGAUCGGCAAAUGAAAGAUCUAAAUCAUGAUAGAUAGUUGUUAAAGUAAUCUUGUAUCCGUCGGAAUAAAUUGUUAGUUUUGACCGUCAAGAGAUCGUGGACGAUCAUUCGUGGGACGGGGAGCUGCCGUUUAAACGUAACAGAAUUACGAUUCAAUUAAGCUUAGAGCACACACGUGUAGGAUCAUUUAUAGCGCUAUACUAGCGUAGUCAUUAUGGUAACAUACGUAUAUCUGAUUAAGGUAAGAAGGUUUUUCUCCGCCGCAAUAUUCGUAAUUACGCGAACGUGUUAUUAAUUUACGAUUCUCCUCCCCCACUUGCAGAGCUUAAUCGUACUUAAUACUCAUUCUAUUUUUACACCGUCUUUUUUUUUUGUUUUGAACAAGCGAAUCUCAAACGGCCACAUUUGGCGCUGAAUGACGAUUUUUGUUAUACAGAUCCGUAAAAUCGAUCCGUUAAAUUUUAUUUUAAAUUUUAUCUUAAGCCGUUAUUUAAUAGAAGGCGAUACGUAGGAAUUAUUAUGCGAGCUGUUUAUUUUGAAAGCGAUCGACAGUAUCUAAUCUCAAUGGCACGUUUUAUCUCACUUAAAUCUGUGCUAACGCGACACACAUCCACAAACAAACACGCGCACACACACACACACACACAAUAAACAAAUAGACACACACAAAACUACCACUGUUUUCAGAAUAAACGGUUCACAUAUGCCAGUCUAGUUUAAGUUAUUAUAAGUGCAUCUUUGUGAUAUUUAGUUCAUCAUAAAUCAACGACUCGAAUUGAAUUCUCCGUAGAUUCGGUGUUUUAGGGUACGUAUACUUUAUUUAUGUAAGUAAAAGGUGUGCCAAAUGUGGAACGUGUACAUUUUUAGAGGAAAGUAUCGAUGUGUGAGUGUAAUGUAUUUUGCAAUUAAACGGCGUGAUGCAAAUUCAGGCGAAAUGAUCAAGCCGCUAAUCAACGAAAUCGGCACUGAACGUUUAAUAAUUUUAAUAAACUUCUUUUUAUUAAACGUUCAAUAAAAUUAUCGUCCUAAAUAAAGAUUUUUCACGAACCCUUGCCAUUAAAGAAAAAUAUGUGAAUCCUUUUCGAACGAUCCAUAUAUUCGAAUUUAUGUGAUGAAUUUUGCUCGCGCUGUUCUUUGAAAUUAUUAUAUGAAAAUAGAUAUGUAAAGUAUAGAUGUUUUUAUUUAUAAUCCUUUUUAAUACGUGUACAUACAUUUUAUUUAUUACAAGACAUAUUUUUCAGCGACACCACAAAAUUAUUAUAGGAUAUUUUUAAUAUACUUCCUUAGCCGUUAAGAUUUAUGCUUUGCGAUCAAAUUACAAACACAUUCUAUGUAUCAAGAAUACAAGCUGAUUUAUCACCGAUCGAGAUAACAAAAAUGGUAGAAAAAAAAAAUAAUUCGGCGAUCCUUUCGCACCACUUUAGAUGCUAUAUUAUCGCGAGGGGAAGUUAUUUACGACUCUCCCUCUCCCUCCCUUCCCCUCACAUUGAAUAUAAUUGAAUAUGUUUUCUAUAUUUAUAAAACGCGAGUUUGUACAGCUUACGAAAAUGUAAGGAGAACGGAGCGUCGCACGAUCUGAGAAACAACUCGUUAUGUAUUGUAUUCUAUGACUGUAGUAUCACAACGUUCAUCAAAAUACUAAGAGAAAAUAAUAUAUCCAA